AUGGAGCUGCUAGGAGUCACUACCCUUGUUCUUGUGGUUUCUGUGAUUUGCCUUAGUUUCCUUUCAGUGUGGACAAAAACACGCCCUGGAGGAAGACUGCCUCCUGGCCCAACUCCACUUCCCGUUAUUGGGAAUAUACUGCAGUUAAACUUCAAGGAUGUGCCUGCAUCUCUUUCCAAGCUGGCCAAAGACUAUGGGCCUAUUUACACUCUGUACUUUGGAUCCUGGCCUACUGUGGUCCUACAUGGAUAUGACGUGGUGAAGGAAGCUCUACUCAAUCAAGGUGAUGAAUUCCUUGGGAGAGGACCUUUUCCCAUCAUUGAAGAUAGCCUGAAAGGAAGUGGACUGGUUUUCACUAAUGGAGAGACGUGGAAGGUCCUGCGACGCUUCUCCCUCAUGACGCUGAAGAACUUUGGGAUGGGGAAGAGAAGCCUGGAAGAAAGGGUGCAGGAGGAAGCCCAGUGCCUCGUGGAGGAAUUACAGAAAAUGGAAGCUGGGCCCUUUGACCCCACCUUUAUCCUGGCCUGUGCUCCCUGCAACGUGAUCUGUUCCAUCCUCUUCAACGAGCGCUUCCCGUACAGGAGCAAAACGAUCCUCAACCUCAUGGACCUUUUAAAUAAGAAUUUUCACCAAGUAAACUCUGUAUGGUGCCAGAUGUACAAUCUAUGGCCAACAUUUAUGAAGUAUGUCCCUGGAAAGCAUAAAGAAGUCCCCCAAAGAAUCAAUGAUAUUAAUAACUUCAUUCUGGAAAAAAUAAAGGAACAUCAGGAGUCCCUGGAUCCUGCUAACCCUCGGGACUACAUUGACUGUUUCCUCAGCAAGAUUGAGGAGGAGAAACACAACCCGAAAUCUGAAUUUGAUCUGAAGAACUUAAUAGCCUCUGGGGCCAGCUUGUUUACAGCAGGCACCGAGACAACCAGUAUCACCCUGCGAUUCGGGAUUCUGCUCCUGCUGAAGUACCCAGAGGUGCAAGCCAAAAUUCAUGAAGAAAUUGAUCAUGUGAUUGGACGUCACCAGCCCCCCAGCAUGAAGGACAAAAUGAAGCUGCCCUACACCAAUGCUGUGUUGCAUGAGAUUCAAAGAUACACCACUCUCCUUCCUUCUAGUCUGCCCCAUGCUGUGGUCAAGGACACAAAAUUCAGAGACUAUAUCAUCCCCAAGGGCACUGUUGUACUCCCACUACUGUCUUCCAUCUUGUUGGAUCAUAAGGAGUUUCCCAACCCAGAGACAUUUGACCCGGGACACUUUCUGGAUAAAAAUGGAUGCUUCAAGAAAACAGACUACUUUGUUCCUUUCUCCCUCGGGAAGCGGUCCUGUAUGGGCGAGAGUCUGGCCAUUAUGGAGCUGUUCCUUUUCCUCACCACCAUUCUGCAAAAGUUCUCCCUAAAGUCUCCUGUCGAGCCCAGGGACCUAGAUAUCAAGCCAGCAGCUACGGGGCUCAUCAACAUCCCACCACCUUAUAAGCUCUGUCUCAUUCCCAGAUAA